UAGAGACGUCUCAGUUAUUGAAUCAAAUCCAUUCAUUCUGAUCUCAGCCACAGAGCAUCAACGUCGCUUCAUUUUUUUUUCUUUUUUUUUACAUAAUGAAAUUUGUUCUAGUUUUAUUUGCUUGCCUUUUUGUGAUAGUUACAUGUGACCAUUUGAUAUUGGGGAACACAAAUAAUAAUCAGAAUAUGAUAUAUCAUACUACAGCACAUUAUGCUGCGAUACCGUUUAUCAAGAGAGUGAAGAAUAUUUUCUAUAGUGGAAAUGCGGUUAUAAAUAGUAUUCUGGCGUACGACAACAAACACACGAAUGCAUCAGCGGCGGUAACUGCAGGAGGAAUCGGAUAUACCUACGUCAAUCUUAGAUUGAAAAGCGCAAGAGGAAAGGAAUUGGAUUACGAUAUUGGAAUUUAUUCUUAAAAAUGCUAAGCUGGGUUACU